AUGUCAGCACCAGCCAAAGAAGUACCAACUGUUGAUAUUAAUUAUUGGAAUAAGAAAUGGGUUGAUGAACAGAUCGCAUUUCAUAGAUCCGAUAUUCACGAAUUGUUGAAAAGCAAUAUGGAUAUUGUAUGUAGUAAGGAAAAUAAAAUGAAAUUUUUAUUUCCACUAUGUGGUAAAACCCUUGAUAUGAAACAUAUGUUAGACAAAGGACAUGAAGUAUUCGGAAUUGAAGGCUCUAAAGUCGGUAUUGAGGCCUUUUUAAGCGAACAUAAUCUUACAUAUUCAAUAACCGAUGAUGGAAAUUACAAAGUUUAUAGAGCGAAUGAGUUACCAAUUACGUUUUAUCAUGGAGAUUUCUUUUUAUUCGACAGAUUGCUACCUGAAAUCGAUGUCAUAUGGGAUAGAGGUGGAUUAGUUGCGGUUAAUAUUGCCGAUCGAGAAAAAUAUCGUGAUGUACUAAUUCGUUUAAUGACUCCUACGACGAAACUAUUCGUUGUAGCUAUGUUUUAUGAUGAUGAAGAAAUUGUUGGACCUCCAAUGUGUUUAACAGACGAACAAGUUCAACAACUCUUUGCUCCGAAAUGUACAAUCAAACUGAUUACAGCAUUAGAUUGCACUGAAGAUUUCUCUACUCGUCAUAAAAAACCUGUUAAACGGAUGGAGGAACGGCUACAUUUGAUUCAGUUAAAAUAA